ACUCUACUAUCUUCCUUUUUCAAAGUCCUCUUCAACUUUCUCAGACAACAUUGAAAGAACCCUAAAGCUUUAGUUAGCUUUAACAUUCAAUCUCUCUCUUGAAUUUUUUUUCCUGAUCUUCAUGCAUUUCUGAGCUGAAAUCUGCAGGAAGUGUUGUCUCUGACGAUUCUGGAUCUGCUUUCUUCUCUUCUCUUCUCUCUUAGGAUCGUUCGGUUUAGGUGAGAAGCAAUGGGUGCAGGGAGGAAGACAGAGACCUAUAAGCAAGAGGAUGUCCAAAAUCUAUAUGGAACUAUGUCUGUAAGGAAGCUUCAGAAAGGAGAUCUCUGCGGUGUUAUAUUUGGAUGCAAGUUCAGCACUAUCAAAGAGUGUCACGCUAAGAACUUGUUUGGCUUACCAGGCCCUCACAUGGCUUACAUCAAGAACAUUGAACCUGGUCUGACGCUGUUCUUGUUCAACUACAGUGAUAGAACACUUCACGGCGUCUUUGAAGCCGCGAGUGAAGGAAAGCUGAACAUUGAUCCCAAAGCUUGGUCUCAUAAUGGUACAGAUCCAAGUCCGUACCCUGCUCAGGUAAAGGUACGUGUCCGAGUGAAGUGUGAGCCGUUGUCUGAAGAAACGUUUGGACCAGUAAUUGCUGAUAAUUACAAGGAUGAGAAGAUCUUUUGGUUUGAACUUGACCGAGUUCAGACAAACAAGCUGCUACGUUUGUUUAAACCAUCACCAUAUGUAAGGGCACCACCAUCAACAUCCAAACAUGUUGUUGCAUCACCAUCAUCAUCAUCCAGAAACGCUAUUCCGGCUUCUUCUCUUGUGGAGAUAGGUGACUCAGGAGGAGCGCCACGUGUUGAUAAGUGGAGCAGUCUUUUUAAACAAGACUCAAAAGAUGGAAAAACUAAAGAAUGUGAAGUAGCUCAAAAACAUGUGUCACAAUCUGGUCCAACUUACUCAUCGGUUCUCAGAAAUGCGAACAGUGAAUCUUCAGCUAGACGUGAAGCUCCAUCACAAGCAAGUAAAGGAGUUUUGUCCUCACGCCAAGAUGUCAUAGUCAACACUUGCGAACAACAAAGUUUCCAACCACCGCAAAAUGGGACUUCUGCUAAGGCUAAGAAUAUAAUAGGACCUAGCACGGGAACUUCUGCCGAGGGUGCAUAUUCAGAGAUUGACUGGGAUGCUGCAUCAAAUUUUCAUGCCCAUCUGAAAGGACUCAACAUGAUUUUGGAGGAUACUAGGGAUAAGGAUGGUUACAAGAGUUUUGACAAGGGUAACAACACAGGAUUUGCUUCUUCUUCUUCAAUGAUGCAAAAUGAUUGGGAAGAUGAGAGGGUGUCUUGGGAAUAUGAGGAAGAGAAUAAUAUAGAUAAAUCAUCGUGUGGGUCCUCGUACGUUACCGCCAUGUCAGGGGACGCAUUUGAAGACAAUGGAGAGGAGAAAGAGAAGCUUUGUAUGGAUGUCUUGAGUGAGAUAUGGGCGGAAGUGAAAGAGAUGAAGCAAACUCAGAUGAAACAAGCUGAGUAUAUGAUCUCGUUGCAGAUGGAUCAGCUUGAGUCAAGAAAAGAGAUACUUCGACUGAAAGGGCUAUAUGGAAGUUCUUAAGCAACUAAGCAAGCAAGUGGUAACAACGAGCAGAGAACAAAAUUCAUGGAGUUUGCAAUUCACUCUACCUACCUACCUUCCUCCUCUUUCUGAUAAAACUGAAGGAAAAAAGAAGUUUGAAUAAUGUUUUCGUGUGUUCGAAGCUUGUCAUUGAAUAUCUCUUGUUGUGUAUUGUAUCCUUUUGACUUGGUGUGCUUUCAGUUUCAACUUUCAAGUAA